AUGAAGUUUCACUCAGCGUUCGUAAUAGGAUGGUGCUCGGUGUCAUUGUUUUCGGCACUGGUAAAUCCAAUCGUCGCACAAGACCUCUCUGAUCCCGACCUGCAAGCAAUGUUGAUUGAUUACGAAACCGAACAUAUGGCGGAAAGCUAUCGUUUCAAAUACGCAACCGACGAUGGACAGUUUCGAGAGGAGAUGGGUUUGCUGAUGAAUCCCGGAACACCGGAGGAGGAACUGGUUGUAGUGGGAAUGUACGGUUACGAAACGAACGACGGUACCCAGGUGAUGGUGAUGUACGUCAGUGGAAAGAAAGGAUACCGAACCAAGACGAAGACGCGUUUGCUUCCCGAGACAGAGCGGAACAGAAAACUGCUGAGGUCGUUAAUUGGAUAGAUCCGAAGUAUUAAGUGAACAGUUCCUGUUAGUUCUAUUGGAAAGACAAUUCGUUUGGAGUUGAAAAUGUGGAUGAAAUUCUAAUACUUAGGCGAAAGCUCGUCAGUGGGUUCAACAAUAGCUUGCUUCCAAUUUUUUCGAUUAUGAUUUCAAAUUUGCAUAAAAAAUUAAAGAGAUUUUUCACCCAGAUCGUCUCACAGAUUAUUCAAAAUUUGCACAUCGUAACGAUUGUAGAUAUUUAACUGAAAUAACAACCCGUUAGGAUUUCUUUUAAUUAUACACAUCAAGGGCACUGUAUUUACGAAGUAUUACUAUUACUAUCUAGUAAUACCAAUAUUUGGUAGUUACAUCCAUAAAUAAAACAAACACUUCGUCAGUUAAAGCCUGGUCGUGACUCAAAUAUACGACAACUAGAAAGAAUUCAGUUUGAAUUUUAAUGGUUGGAUGCAAAAGUUAAAUAAAUGCAACCUAGUUUGG